AUGGUUGCUCCUGGUGCAAAGCGCAAGACCCCUGCUCGUUCCCAGCGCAAUAAUCGCACACACCCAGCUCAGCAAACACCCACCGCGACGACGACUCCGACUGCGACGACGACGCCGACUGCGACGACGACGCCGACUGCGACGACGACGCCGACUGCGACGACGACGCCGACCGCGACGACGACGCCGACCGCGACAACGACUCCAACUGCAACGAUGACUCCGAUGCCUGCCGCAACGCACACGCCCACUGCCGCUGCGGCCUCUGCCAAUCCAGCCGCGCAGAUAACUCCAUCCAUGAUCGCCGUGCCGGACGCGGCACCCCCCACUGCGGCGAUGACUGGCCCUCCGACCGCCGUAGCCCUCAUGGCGCCGAACAAUCCGGGUGGACCACAGGUUCCCCCUAUUCAGCAGGCGAUGGUUCACGCACCGGUUCCUGUCACUAGCCCUAUGGCAGCGGUUACUCAGGUACCAUCGGUAGCAGCAGCACCGUCAACUAAUGCACUCCAACCCCUACCUAAUCAGGGUGUCAACCACAUUGGAGGUGCUACUCACAAUCAAGCUUUGCAUGACACUAUUGCCCAACUACAAGGUGCGCAUUGUGUCCCUUUGCUCAGAUUAUGCUCUGAGAACUUGUAA